AUGUCCUUCGUCAAGUACCUCCUGCCCGCGUUGGCAGCUACCCAGCUGGCCUUCGCCUCCGACUCCUGCGGUGAUACUACUGUCUCCAGCCAGUCCGAUGCCGAUGCCCUCAACAGCUGCACCACUGUCGACGGUGAUAUUAAAAUCAAGUCCAGCUUCUCUGGUACCCUUACCCUGAACGGUAUCCAGAAGAUCUCCGGUUCCCUGACCGGCAGCAACUGCACUGCCCUCACCAGCAUCAUCGCCCCCUCGCUCGUGACCAUCACCGACAGCUUCACCUUGAAUGAGGCCACUCUUCUCACCGAGCUGAGCUUCGCUGAACUCACCAGCGUUGGUGCGAUCAACUGGGAGGCUCUUCCCGCUCUCCAGUCUUUGACCUUCCCCUCUGGUGUCACCGACGCUGGUGAUGUUGUCAUCACCAACACUGGUCUCACCAGCCUGAACGGUAUUUCCCUCGAGACCGUUGGCAAGUUCCAGAUCACCGAUAACACCAACUUGAGAACCAUCAACAUCAACAACCUGAAGAACGCCACCGACCUGGUUAACUUCGCUGGUAACUGGAACAAGCUCGAGAUUGAGUUCCCCAACCUCGCCAGUGCCUACAACAUGACCUUCCGUAACAUCAGCUCCGUCUCCAUGCCCUCUCUGGAGAAGCUCAAGGGCCAGCUCGGCUUCUGGGGUACUGAGUUCAAGUCUUUCUCUGCCCCCAACCUGACCACCACUGCCGACUUGACCUUCAACGACAACUCCGCCCUGACCAACAUCAGCAUGCCCGUUCUCAAGACCGUCAAGGGUGGCUUCGUUGUUAGCCGUAACGACAAGCUCGCCGACAUUGAUCUGCCCGAGCUCGAGACCGUCACUGGAGCUAUUGACUUCAGCGGCACCUUCGAUACCUUGAACAUGGGUGCCCUCCAGGAGGUUGACGGUGGCUUCAACGUUCAGUCCACCAACGGUACCUUCGCCUGCACCACCUUCAAGAAGAUGCAGAGCGACGGUGUCAUCCGUGGUACCUACAACUGCAAGGCCACCACCCCUGACCCUACCACCUCCAACGGCAAGUCUGGCACCACCUCCAGCACCUCCAGCAGCGGUACCACCGCCACCUCCUCCGGCGCUGCCUCUUCCCUGGCCAUUCCCGCCACUGGCGUUGCCGCCUUCUUCCUCGCCUUCGCUCAGUUCCUGUAA